UAUGUAUGAAAAUAAGUAAAUUUUUCCACCACUUUGAUUGAGUUGCUGGUGCGUGUGCGCGAUUAAUAAGCUAUAAAAGCGUGUGGAAAAUUAAUUUCGGGUUUCAGUUGGCGCUGUGUGUGGCAUGAGAAAAAUAAGACUGGUGGCUAGAGGAAUUUUUUAAAUUAAUUUCGGUUUGUUUUUAAGAAAGUGUAGAGAUUAAGUAAAUUUGUAUUAUUUUUUUUAUAUCAAAAUAAAAUUUUUAAAACCGUUAAAUUGCUAAAAUUAAUUUAUAAAAAGUGCAUACCUUAAAUUUUUGUAAAAAAUUUCGUAACAACUGCAAUAAAAAAUUUCGAAGGAGUGGCCUUCAAAAGGCUGAAAAACGAUGGCAUCGGUUUAUUUGUUUCUGAAGUUGUUGUUCCUAUUGGAAAUUUUAAGCGCAGCUGCAGCUUCACCAACAGCUUGCAGUUACACAUCUCUCACGGGCGCAUCGCAAGCAGUGUCCUAUGACGCCGCCACUGAUAAGAGCGUAGAAUAUGUGGAUUAUGGCACCAACACGAAUGGCAUUUGCGUACAACGAGCGCGUUGUAGUAAAGAAUUUGUGACGCAAGUUAUAAAAUGCAGUGACCUGCGUAUAACCUGUGAGAAUCGGAAAUUAUUUGAAGGCGAAUUUCCAGCUUGCUGUGUGAAAUGCUGAGGAGAUUUAAUUCAGAAAAAAACAGGAUUGUCAGUAUAAUAAAACGAAAGAAAAAGCAAUCACUUUGAACUGCCUAAACUUGAAUUUUGCGAGAAAUAAAUUGAAGAGAUUUACGAGGGAGAGA